AUGGAUAACUUUAAUCUUCAGGACCCAUUGACGAGGAUAGAAGAACAACAAUCCGGUUCAAUUUCAGUUCUUUUCUCUUCAGAAUCUGAUUACAUGCCUUCUCGCAACUACUUUCAAUGUUUAAAGACCAGUGACCUUCAUGCUUCUUUCCGACGGGAAGCGAUUUCUCUCAUUUUGAAGGCACAGUAUUAUUGUAACCUUGAUCUCUACACGCAAUACCUGGCUAUUAACUACAUGGAUCGGUUCAUCUCUUGGCAAGAAAUCCCGCUAAGUAAUCCACGGGUUUUGAGGCUCCUUGUGAUAGCUUGCAUUUCUUUGGCUGGGAAGAUGAAGGAAAUACAUUUAUCCUUCUCUGAUUUUCAGAUGAAACAGAGAGAAGAAAGAUUCAUAUUUGAUCCCCCAGCUAUCCAACGAAUGGAGCUUCUGGUUCUCGAUGCCUUGAAAUGGCGAAUGAGAUCAUAA